AUGGCUCCUGGUCUUGUUUCGCCCGUCCCGGGUAACCUCUCCUCUUCCUUCUACAGCGAACGUCCCGGUAACUCUCGCCAUGCCUCUGCUUUCUCGACCCACUUUGACAGUGACACCUUCUCUCAAAAUGGUCGUUCUUCACGCCGGGAAUCGGGCCUUGUCCACCGCAAUAUGAGCGGUGUUGGAGGCUCCAACCUCACUAGCCUGGUGCACUCCUUGUACCAGCGCAGUGGUAACGAGCUUGGUGCUCAUGCGUCAUCUAGAUUGAUGAACAGCAGCUAUGAAUCCCUCAAGGAGUGGAUCCGCGUUCAGCGUAUGAGCCACCUGCCUCCCGAGGGAAGCAACUACGACAAGGUCCUGUCCUGGGCACUCCUCUUCAUUGAGCGUUUGCACCACUUCGACUCCAACAUCAACAAGUUUGCUGGCGACAGCUAUCUUGCCACUCAGCUAUCCUACGGCUACUGCGGCAUGCUUCUUGAUCUCGGCAAGGAGAAUGCUGAGGCUCUGAUGACCUCCUUUGGCUUCUUCUACAGCACCUCCUCUUCCCUUGUGAACCUCCUUGAGCGUACCGAGCUGUUUGAUGUCUCGCAAGAGAUCAAGGAACAGCUCAUCUUGGCUCUGGCUGACUUGGUGACCCUGGUUUCCAGCGUGUCUACCCACUUCCACCAGGCCAUCAGUGGAUUGACCAAGGCUUCUGUCUCUGUUCACAUCUACGACACCUUCCCCGGUCAGAUCCUUGCGUUCCGGGAGCGCUGCAGCAAGAUUGCCGAGGCCAUGUGGCGCCACCAGCUUGUUCGUGAGAACAUUGGUGCUGAGCGUGUCUCCGUCGUUCGCGACGUUCGCUCCUGGUUGGCCCCUGAGGACCGCGUUCUGGCCCACCUGGCCGAGAACACCUCCCACCUUGCCCAUGAGCGCGAGGAGAUGACCUGUCUCUGGGUCUCUCAGCAUCUGACUAACUUUUUGAAGAGCCAGAACCGCACCCUUGCCAUCACUGGUAAGCCUGGCUCCGGAAAGACGGUCACAGCUUCCGUCAUUAUCGAUCGUCUUCAGGACCCCAUCGCUGGUGUCUCCUACAAGACCCUCUACAUUCCCAUCAAUGCGCGCGUCCCCGCCGAGACCACUCCCAUUGCUAUCGCGAAGACUAUCCUGUACCAGCUCUUCGAGAAGCGCAUUGGCAACACUGCGCUUCUGCAGAUCAUGGGCGAGGCUUAUGAGCGCAGCAAGAAGACUGUCGACGCGGCUCAGUAUGAAAACAUUCUCUGGACUGCAUUGGAGCGUGCUCUCAACGCUGCUCUGCAGAACGCUAAAGAGCUGGUCAUUGUCGUUGACGGUGUUGACGAGGCCACUGGUGGCGAGGCUCCUUUGCUCCAGAAGCUGCUUUCUGCCACUACCCAUGCUACCGGCGUGAAGCUGAUUACCCUGGGUGCUGAGAAACCUAAGGCUGCCGAAGGUCUGGCGCACUUGCCGAUCACCGAGGACCGCAUUGGUGAUGAUGUCUCCACAGUUGUCCGUGCCAGCUUUGAGGAGCAUCAGACUUUCUUGGACCUGCCAGAGAUGGAGCAGGAGAUCAUCAUUGAUCAAAUCACCGAGGGCUCUCAGGGCUCCUUCCUUUGGGCCAAGCUGUGCUCCAAGCGUGUUCGCCAGGAGAAGACCCCCGAGGCUCUUCACAAGGCCGUUGAGACUGUCGUCAGCAGCAAGGUCACCGUCACAGACUUUGUCCUGAACACUAUCCAGUCCCCCGACGUCAAGGACGAGACCCGCCAGAUCUUGCUGUGGCUCGCCACUGCGGAUCGUCCUUUCACCUUGAAAGAGCUGACCCUUCUUUCUGCCAUUGAUGUCACCAAGCAAACCAUCACCGAUGGUAUCGUGAAGCCUCUGGAUUUCCUGCGCCCUGUGAACAGCUUGGUGUUCGUGCAGGAUGGUCAGGUGUACUUGCGUCACGGUCUGAUCCGCACCUCUAUCCUGGACAUCCAGUCCAAGGGCAAGUUGGUGCCUUCCGUCAAGGACCGUCACGCUGACUUUGUCACUCGCCUCUUUAUCUACAUGAAGAACGUUCUCCCCGAACAGCACGAGCCAUCUCUUACUCCGCUUGAUGGCCACGACACCACUUCGUUUGUGCAGAGAAACCCCUUCCUGGACUUCUGUGUCCGCUACUGGCCUCGCCACCUGACACAGACCACCGUCUACACUACCGGUGGUGAUGCCCCUACUGCUAAGGAGUUCUCCAAAAUCUUCCCCGCAACCAUCACCCUGUUGCUGCUCCAGAACACCCUGUGGCACACCAUCAUCACCCCGACCUUGGUUACUUACCAGACCAUUGUCACCAACUUGUGCCGCAACAUCCUGUCUCCCAAGCAUGCUGUGACUCUCCAGUCUAUCAUCACCCUGGCUUUCCUGCGCCGCGACAUCAACCUGAUCACCGAAUCUAUUCCUCUCUUCUACGAGAUCACCAUCCUGAGCCGUGAUCUGCUCACCACCAAGCACCUCGUCACCAUGAAGAUUGCCAACAUCUUCCUCGAGUUGACCUCGAGUCAGACCACUACCUCCCGCACUGAUGUCAUGAUCAAGCGCGAGGAGAUCCUUCUGCUCGUUGUUGAGUGCUACAAGAUCCACUACGGCAACUCUUCCGAGCAGGUCGUGAACGUUCUGAAGACCUUGAUUGAGCACUACCGCAUGACCAAGGAGGAGAAGAAGAUUCAGGAGAUUACCACCAUCAUCACUACCAUCACCACUGGUUAUGAAGCUGGGGAUGGCUCCCGCGGUGAUCUCCACGUCCAUCUGAAGGGCCACAAGCAAGAAGAGAACGAGAGUGGCAUUCUCUUCAUCUUGGAUGCCGAGGAGGAUGAGUCGGUUGAUGAGAGCUUUGACUACGAGGCCCUUAUCGCGCUGGCUGAGAAGUACCGCGCUGAAGGCAAGAUCAUGGAGGCAGAGCGUAUCUAUGUUGAGAUCUGGCAGCGUGCCAACCGGGAAUGCCGCAUCCAGACUACCUCUUUCUGGGAAGAGAUCAAGUUGAAGGCUGUUGUCGCCUACUCCAAGUUCCUUAAGACCGAGAAGCGCGAGUCUGAGGCCUCUUCCAUCCUGUCCAGUGUUUGGGAAGAGCACCGUCACACCAGCCUAGCUCUUUCCGAGCAGUCUUCCCACCACUACGAGGAGAUCGCCACUGUGAUGGCCUCUGUUGGUCUUUCCGCUGCAGCUCUAUCCAUCUACAAGCAGGUUGCCCACUACUUCCAGAGCACCAGCCAGACCAAGUCUUCCCGCUUUGAGCAGAUCCAGAAGAGCAUCUCUAGCACUUCCGAGCAGGUAAUCAAGUCCAGUCAAUCUUCUCACUCGAGUGUGUCUGAAUCCACCAUGGAGGAGAUCAUCUACGAGUCUUUCUCCUCUCACAAGUUCGACGAGAGCUCCUUCACUGCUACCUCCACUUUGAUCGCCCAGUUCACUGCCCAGCACCGCUGGAAGGAUGCUACCCGGGUCAUCAAGAAGGUUCUCCAGGGUCUGUGGCCCACUUUGUUUGCUCCCUCAAUCGAGGAUGUGGUUCUCCCCGCCCAGAGCACCGACAAGGCCAUCGAACUUGCUGAGCGUCUCAGCCGGUGUUACCACUACCGUCGCCGCUUCGCUCGUGAGGAGAACAUCCGCAUUCGUGUGUACCGUGCCGUCCGCGCUGGACGUCCUGUCGAUGACAAGGUGCGCGAGCGCGUGACUGAGGAUCUAAUUCGCUUCUUCGAGCGCAACUCCCAGCCUGACAACGUCAUCGCCACUCGCCAGGAGACCUUGGAUGAUUACAUCAAGCACUAUGGCCGUGACCACCCUGUUGUCAUCAAGACUCUGUGGACUCUCGCUGAGCUGACUCGUCCUCGUCCCAUCUUCGUCGAGUACUACCAGCGUAUCAUUCGCGCUCUCAACAAGGACGCACCUACCUGCAAGCCUGAGGCUCUUGAGCCCCUCAUCCUCGUUGCUACUGAGCUCUGGACUCAGAGCCGCUACUCUGAUGCUGUGGCUUACUUCACCCUGCUGUUCACCACCUUCCUAAGUCAGCCCAAGCAGCCCCGCUUCGAGAACCCCUCCUUCGUUCAGGAGAUCUUCACCCGGUACAUCCACUGUUUGCGCUCCGUUCGCACUGACUACAACGUGAUUCACAAGGUCACUGUUGACUACCAGUCCAAGGUGAAGACCGUGUUCACAGCUACUGCUUCGAUCACUAUUCAGGCUACCCUCACCCUUGCCAAGGUGUGCCAGGAAUCCAAGCGCUACGAGUCUGACGCCAUUGCCCUUUAUGUGGAGCUGCUCAAGCUUGGCUCUAAGGAGCUUGAUCUCGAUGAGAUUUCUGCCACUUUGGACGGUAUCUACGAGGAGCAGGCUCAAAUUGGCAUUCACUCCGAGUCUGCCUCCAAGCAGCAGAUUGAGACUGCUUCCAAGAUCCUUCGUAAGCGUGUCACCUCCAUUCGUGAGAGCCACGGCUGGGCCCACGAGGAGUCUAUCUCUAAGAUGAAGGAGAUUGUUGAGUUCAACUACAAGCACAGCUCUGCCGAGUCUGUCCACAAGGAGCUGAAGGAGUCAACCAUCAACAUCUUGAAGGAAUCUACCUCGUCCACCCUCCUUGUGUCUGCUGCUAUCGCCAUUGCCAGCAGCUACAUCUCCACCAACCAGGUCCACAAAGCUACUGAGAUGUCUGAGGAGCUCUACCGCCAGGUUGUUAUGAAGGACACCACCAACAUCAAGAACUCCCAGUUUGACUUGACCUCUAAGGGUCGCCAGAGCCUGGUCUUCCUCGCUCAGCUUGAGCACAGCCUUCGCCAGCAGACCACCAGCAUCACUGAGAUCCUUGCUUCCUUGACUACCGAGUACGUCUACUUUGAGGAGUUCCGCAGCGUCACCUCAAGCAAGACUGCCAGCUUCCACAGCGUCUCCCUGUCGGCUACCCGCCUGUACCACUUCCUGCGCCGGGCCAACCGCCAGGUCGCUGCCACCCAUGUCUUCAACGAAUACGUUGCCUACUUCGUGGCUACUGAGGGCAAGCGCACUAAGGUGACUGAUGCUGCCCAAGUCAAGAUCUUCCUGACUGUUCUCUUGGAUCACUUCCAGAACCACCAGUCCUCGAACUUCGUUCGCUCGGUUGGUAUUGCCAGCAACUUGCAUGUCAUCAAGCUGCUUGAGUCCAAGCAGUACGACGAUGCCUCGAACUUGGCCCUUGCCGCCUUCUAUUACAUCUCCGCUCACGAUGUGUUCCGCACUGCCGAAAUCGUCAAGUUCGUCUUCACCCUUGGUGUCUUCAUCACCGGCCGCACCAUCACUCCCCAGCCCGAUGCUGCCACUCAGAAGAAGCUACACAGUGUCUCCUCCACCAUCAUCCAGAAGGUGCUCGGCGUCAUCAGCGAUCUGAAGAUCAACCUGUCCCAGAUCAGCCUGGACUACUUGAACAUCCUGAUCGGCCUCCUUGGCGAGCAGCAGGACUACAAGACUCUCGUCUGGCUCCUCAGCGGUCUCUGGGCCAGCCGCAACAAGCAGGUUACCUGGCCCGCUCAGGUCACUCUCAGCCUCGCCCGCCGCUUCAUCCUUGCCCGCUACCUCGUCGGCGACUCCCUCAAGGCUGUCCGUCUCACCGAGGACAUUGUGUACAACUGCCGCCGCGUCAACGGUCCGCUCCACUCCAGCACUCUGGAGCUGUCCACCCUGCUGACCCAGCUGUAUACCGGUAUCGCCCAGCGCUACCAGACCGCCAAGAACGGUCAAAGCAUGGCCAACAAGUACUACAAGAAGGCCGCUGCUGUUCACGAGAACCUGCUCCGCAUCUACAUCGACCCCGCUCUCGCCGAGAUGGAGGGUGGUCUCGACAACAGCUUCAGCCACGAUGGAUCUGCUUAUGAGCUGAACAUCGAAGAGACCGCUAGCGGCUCUGGUCUUUCUGAGGGUGAGCACGUUCGUCAGCACCUCCACCUGCUUAAGCUUGCUGUCCAGCGCCUUGGCGACUGGCCCAAGGAGUACGCCGAGUAUGAGGCUCUGAACGCCCAGCUCUUUGCUGAGUUUGGCUCUGACCUUAAGGGCUUUGAGGGUGUUGAGAAGUGGAACUUGAAGGGCUUCGGCUCCGGCAAGUCUUCUGCUAAUGAUGAUGUGUUGAAUCUUGAGACUAUCUCUUGGGAGAUCGAUCUUAACCAGCCCACUUACUCCGAGGAAGAGGAGGAGCUUUGA